GCGGGGGGGGGGGGGAUCGUAGGCGAACAGAGGCCUUUCUUUUGCAAAGGAUCCUUCUUUUGCAAAGGAUCCACCGCCACUGUUUGUUUGCCAGGCAGCGCAGACCGGGCAAUUGGCAGCUGCGAUGAACCCGAGCGGGGCACCUGCCCAGCCUUUCCCGGCGCCCGUGCAAUUUCCAGGAGGCACCACCGUCUUAGUGGAACUGACUCCAGAUAUACACAUUUGUGGACUUUGUAAGCAGCAGUUCAACAAUCUGGAUGCAUUUGUGGCACACAAGAGAAGUGGCUGCCAGCUCUCUGGUGCAGCGGCUGGGACCACCAGCACGGUGCAGUUUGUGUCAGAAGAAAUGGUACCGACAACACAGACUCAAACCGCAACUAGAACCAUCACAUCAGAGACCCAAACCAUUACAGUUUCUGCGCCAGAGUUUGUUUUUGAGCAUGGCUACCAAACCUACCUUCCUGGUGAGAACAGUGAGCCUCCAACUACCAAUGUGACCGCCACCCCACCAAAACCACGCACCAAAAAAUCCACGGCAUCGGGGGCUCAGAAGAAACUCAGUUGCUGCUAUCCAGGCUGUCAAUUCAAGACGUCCUAUGGUAUGAAAGAUAUGGAGCGGCAUUUAAGAACUCACACAGGUGACAAGCCCCAUAAAUGUGAAGUUUGCAGUAAAUGCUUCAGUCGCAAAGACAAGCUGACAAUGCACAUGCGGUCCCACACUGGGUUUAAACCUCACAAGUGUAAGCACUGUGACUACGCAGCUGCCGAGAGCAGCAGCUUGAACAAGCACCAGCGUAUACACUCAAACGAGCGCCCUUUCAAAUGCCAGAUUUGCCCGUACGCUAGUCGCAAUUCCAGCCAGCUGACCGUACAUCUGCGAUCCCACACAGGUGACGCUCCCUUCCAGUGCCGCUUGUGCAGCGCCAAAUUCAAAAUCAACUCUGAUUUGAAGAGGCACAUGCGUGUGCACACCGGGGAGAAGCCCUACAAAUGUGAGUUCUGUGACGUGCGCUGCGCGAUGAAAGGCAACCUGAAGUCGCACAUCCGCAUCAAGCACAACAUGGAGAAUACUUUCAAGUGCCUCGAGUGCGAGUUCCAGUGUGGGAACAAGACCAGUCUCCGGCAGCACCUGCGCACCCACCAGCCCGAGCAGCCGGUGAAAUGUCCAGAGUGCAGCUACUCCUGUUCCAACAAAGCCACCCUCAAGGUUCACGAGAGGAUCCACUUCAAGGACCGCCCUUUCAAGUGCGAGUUCUGCAACUUCGACACCAAGCAGCGGAGCAACCUGACCACCCACAUGAAGAAACUGCACCGAGAGAAGGUCAAGAAGAAAACUGCGGAGAAGACGGAAGGGGACGGGCUAAAGGAAGGCAGUGCCAGGCAGGUGGCUAGGCUCGAGGCCAAGAAGGCAUUCAAAUGUGAUAUCUGCGAGGCCUCGUUUGUCCGGGAGGAUUCUCUGAGGAGCCAUAAGAGGCAGCACGUUGAAUAUAACGGGUCGAACAGUACCGAGCUGGCUGUUCUGCAAUUGCAGGUGGAUCCAAGUCAGCCUGCUGGGGCUCCUAUUACAGUCAGUCAUCUCCAAGUGCCGUUGCAGACAUCGCCCUACAGCGAAGGUCAAGUCAAGAUCAUAGUUGGGCAUCAGAUGCCUCCGGCAGGCAGCCUCGUCCAAGCGGCAUCGGUCAACAUUGUGCCUCCCGCCUUAAUAAGCCAGAAUCAGGAAGACCUGCCAGGCAGCAGCCAAUUGCAAAUCCUGCAGCAGGUGAGUUUGCUCGCACCGCCUCUCCCCAUGGGGUCUCAGGCAGACAGCAUUUCAGUAGGUCAACCAGCAGUUCUCCUGACAACCCACGAUCAAGCUGAUGGAGGCGCAGCGCACCAGACCCUGAUUCCUGCCCUUCCAGUGGGCAGCCAGGAAGCCUCUGCUAGCCAGGCGUUCAUCAAUGGUGCAGGAAUCAGCUGCACGGACUUGGAAGGUCUCAACGCAUUGAUUCAGGAAGGGGCAGGGGAAGUGACGGUGGUGAGCGACGACCAGAGCAUCACCGUGACUUCAGCCCCACCCGUCUAUUCCUCACCAACUCAUCAAGAUUCAUCCAAGCAAACCUACUCCAUCAUCCAGACUGGAGCCCACGCGAGUUUGCUAUGUCCUGCGGACUCCAUACCGGAUUAGUCCAGGAAGAGAAGAAAGUUUGUGUUUACCAUUCUGUUGGCAUAUCAAGUUCAGCCAUGGAUUAUGCUGUAGAUUUAGGCAGUGAUGUUCAACAGGCAAAGCAGACUUCGAAUGCAGAAUGCUGGACUAUUUCUGUGCUCACAGGAAACAGAAUACCUCCUCUGCCACAGUGUGCCACGUGCACAUAUUGAGCCUAGAGAUUUUGCUGCAUUGGCGGGAAGAGAAGGGGAGUGUGGGUUGCUCUGAUUAGAUGUUGCUUACUGGAAAUAGCUUAAUUCUUCAAAGAUCACCCUCUCCCUUCCCAUGUCUGGGACCCCUGCGUGGACUGGAGGAAAAUAAAUGAUCUCUUUUGAAUACUUCUUUCCCUGCUUGAAAAUUAUGGCCUUAAAAAUGCACCCACUGAAAGGAGUUGUACUGAAAAGAUCUUCAAGCUCGAGUAGCCACAAAUUUGAUGCAUAAUAUAAUGGACUUUUUGGGAAAUAAUGGGAUUUUUUUCAGGUUUUGCAUUCAUUCCCCAAAUCUUAAAAUCCUAGUCGUUCUUAACAUUUUGCAUUUGGCUGUAACCCUGUGCUGGAUUUCGCUGCACUAUAAUCCUGUGUGACACUGACCACAUGGGUCCAGUCCAGGUCAGACAAGACGUUAGUACUUCCCUGAAUGGAGUAUUCGGCAUCUUUUAAAAUUUAAUAAUCAGGCAUGAGGGAGGAGCCAAUUUCAAUUGGGACCCUGGUGCAAGGAAACACAAGGGAAGGUUGAGCCUCUCCCCACACUGUACAGUUCUGUUACCUGUAACAGUUCAAGAGAGCCCCUGUUUGCCCAAGUGGGGUGAUCACAUACAUUUCCCACAAGGACAAACAGAGGGCCAUUUCAUGAUAGAAAAAUGUCAAGGUGGGAAAGGCUUAGGGCUAAAUAUAGACUAAACUGGUAGUGCCCAACUCCCCUUUCCUGCCACAAUUGUCCUUGUUGUUCUUCUUGAGGGUCCCCUUAUAGCACUCCAGGAACAGAAUUUCAUGGGUAGUAGUUGGAGGGGGGGGGGGGGGACAGGAAAAUUCCAUUCUGCUAAUGGGAUUUUUAGGCUGAAUCCAAUGCUUAGUAAACACACAUAGCCCAUUUUACAAUAGGCCCCUGAUUGGAAUGCUGGAAACUCUACUUGCAGAAUUGCCUGUACCUUGUCUGCCUUUGCCCUAAGAAAUGGAAGCUGGGUAGAGAAUUGUCAGGUCAGUUUAAAAAACUGAGCUUCAGUGGCACUCUGGCCUUCUUUUUUUAGUGACCCCACUUCUUUUUAGAGCAACUUGGCUUAACCUCCCUUUGUACUACCUUGUGUGCCAUACUCCUUUUAAAGGCAUAACAGCAGCCAAGUUAUGGCAAUCUUCAGUGUUGGUUCAAACAAAAAAAAGUUUACUUCAGUUCCUCAUUUCAUCACUUCUUUCGUUUGUCCCAUAAUCGUGUCGAGGGAGAACAGCUGUUGAACCACAGAAUAAACACUUUUGCCACAACCCACCAUAAUAAGGAGCAGAAAACACAGAAAUGUUCAGUGCACGUCCCACUGAACUGCAUUUAGCAUGUUGCGGCACAAUCAUCUCACGUACUUGAGUGCCUGAUGCAUUUUGGGUGUUGUGGGGUUUCUGGGCUGCGUGAUCGGGUAUAUAUAGCAUGGAAAAAUCACAACCUCCAGUUGAUUCUGGCCAUGAAAGCCUUUGACAAUACACCGUGCGUUUUGUUUCUGUGUCUUACAGUGGGCCAGAGCUUCAUGCUUUCUGAUGCUGUGAGGUCUGGCAUUCAUGAGUAGAGAUGUGGGGUGAAAAAGCAACUGACUUUUUUGCUUUGAAUUAAUCAUUGAAAUUCCAUCAAUUGGCUUAACUUUCGAUUCCUGUUUGGGAUUGGAAUGCCACACAUUAUAUGAACUAUGUUGUCCAAGCCUGCAUUACAUCAUGUUAAAGGAGUUUUAUAUAGUUCUUAUCUUUUUGAUUUUAUCAUACUUCAGAGCAGCAGAUGAAGUCUUUCUGGUGUGUUUUUCUUCUUUGGAAGAAAAUGUGCAACAAAUAAUUUUCUGUCACCCGUAGGUGGUGCUAGAACUCAAGCUGACGUUCAAAUAGUUAUGUUAAGACUAGGUGAAUAGGUAGUGCCGGUGAGAUAGGUACUUCUCCUGUUAUAUCCGGGGGUUUUGCAUCUCUUUUUUGGGGUGUGAAUGUUAACUUGAAAACUCUUCCCAAAAAGAUGACAGGCUGUUCAGCAGUAAAUAAUGAUCAAUUAGAAGCAAUAAAAAAAUACAGGAUAUUUUUA